AUGAUCGCGUCGCAGCCGCGCCGGGUCCGGCCCCUCGCCGCCGUCUCCCUGGUGCUGUUCCUCCUCCUCCUGUACAGCCGCUCCGAUGGUGGCUCGCCGCGCGCCGCGCGGCUUCUGGGCUCCGGAUUGCAUCCGGCGCACCGUAGGUUCCUCUCCGAUGCUGACCCUGCCGGCCCCGCCGCAUCCAGCGCCGCGAAUCCUUCGGGGUCCGCUACGCUGAAUGGCGAGCAGCCGGAGCACCCUUCCGCGGCGUGCUCGGGCAUCGCGCGGCACGAGGGGUUCGGGACGCAGUGCGAGUUCCUCCGGGCCCACCCGCAGUGCAGCUCCGGUGGGUUCGUCGACUACCUAGGCUUCUUCUACUGCAGAUGCGAGAGGUUCAGGGUGCUGGGCUACGCGGUGCUCGGGGUAUGCCUGGCCGCGCUGUUCUAUAUGCUGGGCAAUACCGCUGCCGACUACUUCUGCUGCAGCCUUGAGAAGAUGUCGGCACUGCUGCGGCUCCCACCCACCGUGGCUGGCGUGACGCUGCUCCCCUUUGGUAAUGGCGCUCCCGAUGUGUUUGCUAGCAUCGCGGCGUUUAUGGGGAGCGGUGCUGGUGAUGUUGGGCUGAACAGUGUGCUCGGUGGAGCUGUAUUCGUGACCUGUGUUGUGGUUGGGGCAGUGUCAUUGUGCGUUGCGGAGAAGAAUGUGCAGAUUGAUCGGAGGUGCUUUGUGAGGGAUGUUGGGUUCUUUCUGGUGACUCUGCUCGCUUUGUCUGUAGUGUUGAUCGUUGGGAAGGUGACUGUUUGGGGAGCUAUGAUGUUUGUGUCGAUUUAUGCAGUCUAUGCAUUUGUUGUGGCUGCAAAUGAGGUGUUGAGGAAACAUGCCAGGAGACUGAAGUUUGAUGUGGUCACACCAUUGCUGCCUGUGAGGGCAAGUAUAUUUGAACAAGGAGCAGAGGAGGAUGAUUCAGUGUACAGUUCACUUCUUGAGGAGGAUGCAGAUGGUGAGGCGGCCCAAAUGAAUACAUCCUUGCCUCAGUGGAUGUGGGCUUCUCAUGUGGCCAUCUACUCAAAUCAUGGAAAUAGAGUUGGUUCGCCUGACAGCUCAAGGCCAUUGUGGGGUUGGAGUGAGGGAGAAGUGGAUAACUCCACGUUCAAUAUUUCCAGGCUGUUUUUACGUUUAUGGAGCUUCCCUUGGCGAUACCAAGAAGGUUGA